AUGGAUGCUUUGGAGAAGUCUCUGUCUAGUAUCAAGUCUUUUGAUUCGAAACUCGAUGUCUCCAAAGCCAAAUCAUUGGGUGACUACAGUAAUCCACUGAAGGACCUCUCCACGAUCUCUGAUACUAAAAUCAAUCCAAUCGAGAAGUCAAAAGCUCUGGAAACCCUUAUUGCUCAACCAACCAUUGAUCCAAAAACGAAAGAGGAUUUGGAAGAGAGUAAGAAGACACUGGACCAAAUGGUACCUUUGGAUCUCGAGUUCUCCAGUCACAAAUCUCAAUUCCAAAGUGCUCCGGCAGCAUUCAAGGCGGUCCAUGACUUUUUGGUGGGAUUCUUGUCGGUGGAGCACUCUCAAGUGAAUGAAAUUGAAAGUGGAAUCUCUAUGAUGACAGUUAUUGGAGGAUCUGGUGUUGGAAUAUUGUUGGUCGCUUGUUUAGCUGGUCUGAUCUUCCUUUUUAUCGUUCGACGCAGAGCUCAGAAGUUCAUCGACAAUAAUCGUUUGAUCAACGAAAAAACGGCAAGAGCAGCCCAUGUUAAGAUCUUGAACGCGAUGGAGGGCUUCAUUGAAGACGAGAAGGGUCAAGGGUAUACAAUACCAACUCCUGAAAAGCACCGGUACUAUAGCGAUACACGGUGCAAUCCAAAAACUCGUGUUGAAGUGAAAGCUUGUCCCCAAGGAAUUCAUGCAAAUUGGGUGAAGACUAGAAAGAAUAAGCGAUUCAUUGCAACACAGGCUCCCAUCGUUGACACUCAAGCAGACUUCUGGCAUAUGGUUACGGAACACUCAUCGGAGACUAUUGUGAUGCUGUGCAGCGAUGAUGAGAUAAAAAUCAACAAGUGCACUCAGUAUUUUCCUGCUACGAUCUACGAUGAGAAAGAAAAGAAGAAGAAAGUGGAGGUCAACUUUGGACCAUUCACGAUCACUGCAGACUCCGUGACGAAGAUUCUUGAUGACACGGUGUGUGAAAGAGUUCUGAAGGUUAAACACAAGGAGAAUAAAACUACGAGACGUGUCACCCACUACCAAUACCUUGCCUGGCCAGAUCGUUCGGUUCCAGAUGAUCAUGUUACAUCUCUGGCUCUGAUGGACUUGGUGAAAGACAGCAAAAAGCCGAUUAUUGUGCACUGUUCCGCUGGUAUCGGCAGAACGAUGGCUUUCAUUGGACUGCAGUUUGCUUACGAAGAAGUUCUGUACAAUAAGGGCAGCUCUUGGCUCGAUACCAUGGUCUACAUGCGUGAUUCUCGUUGGGGUGGAAUUCAAGCAUCGGUUCAGUCAGUGUGGACCCUUUUGGGUGUCUUUUUGCGUAUCAUGAGAAGAUACAAGCUAUCUAAAAAGCCAUACGAUGAGGAUGUUAAAAUCAUGCUGCAACACAAGAAAAACAAGCAAGCGAACAAAGAUGAAGGAGACAAUCGAGUAAUUAAACAGAGAGCAUUGGAAGCAGCAAAACAAGUAGCUAAAGGAGCUACUAAGACUGGUGCUUCGAGAACAACUGGUGGUAGUGAUUCUUCAUCCGAAGUUUCCAGUUAA